AUGGCAUCGGCUGUUCUUGUUGAGACGAUUGACGACGACGACGAUUUUGAUUGGGAAGCAGCCGUUAGAGAGAUUGAUGUCGCCUGUGGUGAAGCCAUUAAACAAUCAUCAUCUGGAGUUACUAUUACUACUACCAACGCAACCAUAUAUCGAAAUUUUAAUUUACAUACGGGUUCUUACCCUAAGAUUGAAAACAACAAGCCCUCUUCUUCUCGUCAAUCCACACUUGAUAGAUUCAUUGGAUCGACAGGCUUGAAAUCCGCAAAUCAGGAUGGACGACAUGAUGCCCAAGAUAAGGUUGAGUGCAAUGACGAAAGAGUAAGCGACGUUAGCAUUGACCCAGAGGCCGCAAAAACCUGGAUAUACCCAGGACCAUGGAAGUAUCAAUUCUGA